AAGAUGGCGGCGCUGGCGGGCGGAGUGCGGCCGCGCCGGAGGCCGGAGAGGAGCUGACGCGGCUGAGGUCCCGAGCUGCCGCCCGAGGCCGCGCUCCGCCGCCGGGACCCCGGCCUCGGGGAGCCGGCCGCCGGGACAUGGUGCGAGGUGCGCCGCGCCGCCGCCGCCGCUGAGCUCGCCGGCCGCGCCCGGGCUCGGCCGUCCGAGCGGGAAGAUGUUUUCCGCCCUCAAGAAGCUGGUGGGGUCGGAGCAGGCCCCGGGCCGGGACAAGAGCAUCCCCGCCGGGCUGCAGUCCAUGAACCAGGCGCUGCAGAGGCGCUUCGCCAAAGGGGUGCAGUACAACAUGAAGAUUGUGAUCCGCGGAGACAGGAACACAGGCAAGACUGCGCUGUGGCACCGGCUGCAGGGCAAGAAGUUUGUGGAGGAGUACAUCCCCACGCAGGAGAUCCAGGUCACCAGCAUCCACUGGAACUACAAGACCACUGAUGACAUUGUCAAAGUUGAAGUCUGGGAUGUGGUUGACAAAGGUCACAAGCUCCUCCUCUGUGGUCCUCUGGGAAAAUGCAAAAAGCGAGGUGAUGGCUUGAAGGUGGAGAACGACCCUCAGGAGGCAGAAUCUGAAAUGGCCCUGGACGCCGAGUUCCUGGAUGUCUACAAGAACUGCAGCGGGGUGGUCAUGAUGUUUGACAUCACCAAGCAGUGGACCUUCAACUACAUCCUGCGGGAGCUUCCCAAAGUGCCGACCCACGUGCCGGUGUGUGUGCUGGGGAACUACCGUGACAUGGGCGAGCACCGCGUCAUCCUGCCCGACGACGUGCAUGACUUCAUCGACAACCUGGACAGACCUCCAGGCUCCUCCUAUUUCCGCUAUGCUGAAUCUUCUAUGAAGAACAGCUUCGGCCUAAAGUACCUUCAUAAGUUCUUCAACAUUCCGUUUCUGCAGCUUCAGAGGGAGACGCUGCUGCGGCAGCUGGAGACCAACCAGCUGGACAUUGAUGCCACACUGGAGGAACUGUCGGUUCAACAGGAGACUGAGGACCAGAACUACGACAUCUUCCUCGAGAUGAUGGAGGCUCGAAACCGCGGCCAUGCAUCCCCGCUGGUGGCUAAUGGGCAAAGCCCGUCCUCAGGCUCCCAGUCACCAGUUGUGCCUCCAAGCACCAUGUCCACAGGGAGCUCCAGCCCCAGCACACCCCAGCCCCCCCCACAGCUGCCCCUCAGCACCCCCUCAUCCUGCCCCCUGCCACCGUCCUCCAUGUCCCCUGUAGCCCCCUCAGAGCCCCUGCCUCCCCCCACACACCCCUCGGCCCCGGCCCCACCCCCACGACGCAGCAUCAUCUCACGGCUGUUUGGGACCUCGCCUGCUGCUGACGUGGCCCCUUCACCUCCAGAGCCAGCCCCAGCUGCACAAGCCCCAGCAAAAGUCCAGAAUGUCGAGGACUUUGUUCCUGAGGACAACCUUGACCACAGCUUCCUAGAAGACACAGCCACCUUGACGGAUGAGAAGAAAGUCAGAGCCAAGGUCUUACAGCAGGAUAGUGACAGCGAUGGGGAGGCCCUGGGAGGGAACCCCCUGGUGGCAGGUUUCCAAGAUGACGUGGACCUUGAGGAUCAGCCCCAUGGUGGAGCCCUGCUGCCCUCAGGCCCUGUCCCCAGUAAAAACAUCACACUUUCAAGUGAGGAGGAAGCAGAGGCAGCAACAGAUCACCCCGAAGUCACUGUCCUGGCUUUCCAGCAGUGUUCAGAGCCAGCUACUGAACGGUCCUCCACAAAAGCCCUGAGGCCACACCCCGCCAGAGCCUCAGUGGCCCCCUGGCCAGGUGGUCUCCCAUCUCACUCGGGUCCUGAGAAGCCUGGCAGCACCAAGCCUCCCGCCAAGGGCUCUUCUCACAGAUUCAAGGUGGGAGAGGAGGAGCAGGCACCGUCCUCAGACAGUGACCCUGAGGGGCCCAUCGCUGCCCAGAUGCUGUCCUUUGUCAUGGAUGACCCUGACUUCGAGAGCGAAGAGUCGGACACACAACGGAGGGCGGAUGAGUUCCCCGUGCGAGAAGACCUCUCUGAUGUGACCGAUGAGGACGCUGGCCCUGCCCAGCUGCCUCCAGCCCCUAAGCCCCCUGUCCCCUCCUUCAGACUGAAGAACAACUCGGAUCUCUUCGGGCUGGGGCUGGAGGAGCCAGGACCCAAGGAGAGCAGCGAGGAGGGUAAGGAAGGCAAGCCUCCCCCUAAGGAGAGGAAGAAGAAGAAGAAGAACAGAGAGGAGGAAGAAAAGGCCACGAAGAAGAAGAGCAGACACAAGAAGACCAAGGACAAGGAGGAGGGCAGGGACGAGCGGAGGAGGAGGAAGCCCCCACACAGCAAGGACAGGCAGGCCGUGGACGAGCUGGAGGCCUUCCUGGGUGGUGGGGCCCUGGGUGGCCACCACCCCGGGGGUGGUGACUACGAGGAGCUCUAGGCCUGGGAGGGCAGCUGACCACCCUGGGGGAGGGAGGGGCAUACCUGUCGCUGCCUGGGGAGGCUUCUGCCUGCGCCUGCUGGGACCACACUACCGCUGCGUCCUAGCCAUCGCCUUUGCCCUCUACAGCCCAGCCUGGCCCAGCCUACUCUGUACUUGCUUCCAUGCUGGAAGAGGCCUGUGGCCAGGCCUUGUGGUCAGUGGCUCCUGGCCAGGCGCUGCAGGGAGGGAUGGCUGGGCUGCAGCCAGCUUGGUGGAUGACCAGGCCCAUCUCUGGGAAGAGCCAUGGCCAGUCCCCAGUGUUUCUCAGGGAUGUGACUGAGGCCGAGGAGGGACCCAAGAGGGUCUGUUUACAGAGGCAGGGCAGGGGGCUGCUUGGCUUCUCAGAUGUCACCCCAGCACCUGCUCCUGCUUGCCUCCCGAGCCCACCCAGGCCACAGCAUGCUGACGGGUUCCAUUUUCUGCCACUACUGCAAGGCUCAGGCUUCCUGUGGACCCCUCCCUGUGCACCCAGAGCAGAGUGUGGGGCUGCCCUGAGCACAGGUGUGCAGACUCAAGGGAAGGUGCAGGAGCACCUGCCCCUGCAAGGCAGCCAAGGCCCUGCACCAGCUGAGGCUGGCAAGGGAACAGCAGCCUCAAGGCCUCUCCUGGGAGAGAGACACUUCCCAGGGGCAGUCUUUCAGACUUGCUGUGUGGCCACAGCUGCACCUCUGCUCAGGUGAGGCCUCUGUGCAGGUGAGCGCCACAGGCCAGCACUGGGAGGCUCUUCUUCUCAGACACUCCACUCAGACCAUAAAGCUCUCCUGUUUUA